UAUCACCCCUGCAAAAAUAGAGUAAGGGAGUCUUUGAGAUAGCGCGCACAAAAUGGCUUGCCAUGUAAAUUUGGUCCCUCGAUCCAUGGCCACAGCCUCACCUCGCCCCAAGCCUCCAGCUCCUUCUCCUCCUUCUGCCGCCUGUUCCAUUUCAAACCCGCUCUCCUCCUCCUCAAAGCUUAGCUUCCACUCGCAGUCCUCCCUCCUCGUUUCCGCCUCCCCUCCCUCCCGCCAUCGAACCCUAACUCCUCUUCGUUCCCGCAGAGCUAUGAGCGCCACGGCGGUGCGGUGUGGUUCUAAGGCGGAGCCGCUCAGGAUUAUGAUCUCCGGCGCGCCGGCUUCCGGUAAAGGAACGCAAUGCGAGCUCAUCAAGCAGAAAUAUGAUUUGGUACAUAUCGCUGCUGGAGAUUUACUUAGAGCCGAAAUUGCAUCUGGGAGUGAAAAUGGGAAGCGCGCAAGGGCGUACAUGGACAAAGGACAAUUGGUUCCGGAUGAAAUUGUUGUCAUGAUGGUGAAAGACCGCUUAUCACAGCCAGAUUCUCGAGAAAAAGGUUGGCUCUUAGACGGAUACCCUAGGAGCUCAUCGCAAGCAAUUGCUCUUAAGGAAUUUGGCUUCGAGCCGGAUCUGUUCAUUCUUCUUGACGUUUCUGAAGAUAUUCUUGUUGACAGAGUUGUUGGAAGAAGGCAAGAUCCUGUUACUGGAAAGAUCUACCAUCUGAAGUAUUCUCCUCCAGAGACCCCAGAGAUCGCAACAAGGCUCACCCAACGUUUUGAUGAUACAGAAGAGAAGGUGAAACUUCGAUUGCACACUCAUCAUCAAAAUGUUGAGGCAGUACUUUCAUUAUACGAAGACAUAACUCUUAAGGUGAACGGAAGUCUUACCAAGGAUGAUGUGUUUGCCAAAAUUGAUGGUGAACUGGCGAAGCUUCUUGAGGAAAACCAAGCUACCACUAAAUCUUUGGCAGCUUAGAAGACGUAGAUAAUGAGUUUGGCUCCACUUUGACAAGUUAGUAAAAGUUCCAGUCAAUAAUGAAGCACGAUUUGGCUGUUUCAAUGUGCUAGGAAACUACAUGGAAGAACACGACUUCUACGUCAUUGCAGUCGCCAGCUAAAGGAAAAGAAACAAAGGUAUCACAUCCAUACAAUGUUGUGUGGGCCAGUAAUUUAUUUGCAGCUAAAUAAGCUGAAGGUUUCGAUUUAGAUUUUCAUAUAUAGGUUGAU